UCAGAGAGUUUGUUGACGUUCAUCAGGGAAGUAACGCAGACACCAUCCUCUCCACUAUGCCACGAAUAACAGAAAUAUUAAAAUGUGUGUCUGAUAUGACCAAACAAUCUUCAAAUCUUCCGGAAGCAUAUAUAAAACGAGCCAUGGAGCAGGUUGAGUGGCGAACUCCUAAAGCCAUACAGUACAGGCAAACUGAAAUUAAAAGAAAAAAGUUCCGCUUCACUACAAACCGACCUUGGACACAGCAGUUUGAGAAGCAAAAUCAACCUGGACUCAGGCGUAAAAAAGUGUUCGUGGAACCAAUACUGGAAUGGACCUUCUUCAAAGGUGACCGUGUUGAAAUCCUAGAAGGGAAGGACAAGGGCAAGCAAGGUUUGGUGAAUUACAUUAUUCAGGAGAGGAACUGGGUCAUGGUGGAAGGCCUCAACUGUCACUACCGCACCAUUGGCAAGAAAAAAAAUUAUCCAGGAAUGAUGGUCAAGAGUGAAGCACCUCUUCUGGUAACAACUCAAGUGGGUCUUAUUGAUCCUUCGGACAAUAAACCAACACAGGCUGAAUGGCGCUACACAGAGGAAGGAGAUAAAGUAAGAGUCUCAGUACGUUCUGGAAGACUCAUCCCGCUGCCUAAACUGGCUGAGGAGACUCAGGACUAUAAAACCAAGUCAACUUACAUAGAACAGGAGAAGGACACGCCUGCUGAGGAGCUAACACGCAUCACCUUUGAACCUCAACUGAAGACAUUUGCAAUGGAUAUAGCGGACAAAAUGGGCAUCAAAGAAGAUAGAAUUCCUCGUAAAACUUACUGGUAUUAGAUUUUUAAACAAAAUCACUGUACAUAUAUUUGAAUGUAACAAAGUAAUAAAACUUGUUUAUAUAAA